AUGUUUCGCAGGAUCUUUGGCGGUGGGGCGGGUGGUGAAAAGUCAGAAGACGUUGCUCGACUGGACAAGGCGUCCAGCUUUAGCGAGAUCGACCAUGGUGCCCGCAAAGUCGUCUACGAGUCAGCAAGGGCUUUGAUCCGCAAGACAACGCAGGAACACGAUUAUCAGCUGGUUGUGCUUGACGCGACGGACGAGAGCGAUUUAGAAGAGCAAUCCUACCUCUUGUCCAAAGAGAUCCAUUUCCAGCUCCUCCCUGCCGGCGCUGCAGGCUCGCCCAUAUUUACUUGGCUGGAUCUCGCUGCAGAAUCCAAAAGCAUCAAGGUGGCCGAGCUCACGGCGGGCGACCAAUCGCAGAUGCUGGCGUUACAUCAGUUCGAGCUCGCGGUGAUCCAGUGCGUCUGGAGCAGAGCCAACCAACAGAGCUGGGAUGCGGCUACAGAUGAGCAGCUCGACGCUGUUAAGAAGGAAAUGAGCGCAGUCCCUGCUUCUCGCGGAGGCAAAGGCUCACGCGUAAGCGCAGGUGCUUCUGGCCAGGCCAGCGAAAGGAGCGCAGAAGCAUUGGCCUCGUCUGUGAGCGGAAUGCGAGUUGGCAGCAAGCGCAGGAAUGCAGCAUCAAACAUGCAGCCGAAAGCGAAGCCCGGAAGAAAGGGCAAAAAGUCUGCAAAGAAGGUUGACGAGGGCGGGAAUGUCGAAAGUGCGACCUCGGCAACCACAUCUUCACAGCAAGAGCAGCAAGAGCAAAGAGCUGGAUCAAUCUCGCCAGUCGAUACUUUUGAAGACGCGGAGCAGGGAGCCGACACGGUGCCUCUCAUCACCACCACUGCCGAUCUCUACAUUUACGAUCCCGAUCAGGGGCUGUUCAUGACGCGCGAAAAGGGCGUUACAGCAGAGGUGUUUGAGAGCGGACGCUUCUUGUACUCGCUGCUAGUAAGCACGCCUGACAAGGUAUGGGUGGAGCAGCCCAUGACGGCAGAGAUGAACAUGUCGUUCGCAGCGCGAGAAAAAUCUGCGGUGUGGAAUUUCUUCGACUCGGAUAGGGCGUGCUACUCUUGGCUACUGAGGUUUUCGGACGCGGAUCGCUUUGACGAGUUCCAGCGGGGCUUUGCAAGGCUACUCUGGGAAGCCCUCAACGAGGACAAGUGGGAAAAGGCCAAGGUGGAGGAGCAGAAGUACGUCAUUGGAGCGUACGACGAGGAUGCUGUCAUGUCGGAUGCUCAACAGAGCGACGGCGAUGACAGGAGCGAGACGGAGAGGGCUGUGAGGGAUGACGAUGAGGAGGAUGAAGUGGCGGCGGCACUUGGUGAGGAGGAGGAAGAGGAACCAGAUGCGGGCAACAUUGGCGAUCAGCUCGAUCGCAUGCCAAUUGCGGCAGACGAUCACGACUCCAACAGCCGCCUUGCUGUGGGUUACAAGUUCGAUCGCUCAUUUGUCGUCAGAGGGAAUCGUAUCGGCGUCUUUAAGCACAAUGAGGACGAUCAGCUCGAAUUUGCAACGACCAUAGACCAUAUUGCGACGCCCAAGGGAAGACAAUUCAAUCCCGGAAAGGUGCUCCUGCACGACCAGGACAGCGCCAUGGUGCUGAUGGACCCUUCGAAUGCACACGCAGUGUACAAGAUGGAUCUGGAGUACGGAAAGGUGGUGGAGGAAUGGAAGGUGCACGACGAUGUGCAGGUGGAAAAUGUCGUUCCUCACAGCAAGUAUGCGCAAACGACAGCGGAGCAGACGCUUGUCGGACAUUCGCACAAUGGCAUCUACCGCAUCGAUCCUCGUCUUGCUGGGCUGAAAUUGGUGGAUGGAGAUUUCAAGCAGUACGCGACAAAGAACGACUUUAGCGCUGCGGCUACCGACGAAAAGGGUCGACUGGCCAUUGCAUCGAAUAAGGGAGACAUUCGCUUGUUUGACAAGAUUGGAAAGAACGCAAAGACGGCUCUUCCCGCUUUGGGAGAUCCCAUCCUCGGAGUGGACGUCACUGCUGAUGGAAGAUACGUGGUCGCUACAUGCAAGACGUACUUGCUGCUCAUAGAUACGCUCAUUGGCGAUGGCAAGUACAGAGGAGAGCUCGGUUUCGAUCGUGCGUUCCCUGCAGCAUCGAAGCCGAUCCCUCGAAGACUGCAGCUCAAGCCUCAUCAUGUGGCAUACAUGGACCAAGAAGUCUCCUUUACUCCAGCGAAGUUCGACACGCCCAUCGAUGGCGGAGAGACUUCAAUCGUGUCUGCUACUGGCGCUUACGUCGUCUCUUGGCCCUUGGAGCGCGUCAAGCGGGGCAAAGUCGACGGAUAUACUCUGCGCAAGUUGGCAGAUCAAGUCGUGGAAGAUAGCUUUGCGUUUGGCUCGAGCGACAACAUCAUUGUCGCCAUGCCUCAGGACGUCCAGCGCCAGACAAAGGGAGAGCUCAGAAAGCCAACGCGAUCCUCGCUUGCCGGUGGCGCCCGCUCCUCUGGCAGAUACUCUUGAGCAAGCGCGAGGAGCGAUACGAUUUGACCGUGUUUUUCGCAAGGAGCGAUCCGGGAGUUUACCGUGUUUUUCACGUUCGUUGAUCGCCAAACGAGCUCAUCCGCGUUCAUACAUGUUUGUUCUCCCUUGUACGAGUGAGAAAAGUGCUGCAAUACCCAUGUCGUUACUUUGGCC